AUGAAGACAGAAAGUGGUAGUUCCGGUCAAGUGAACACCAGUGUGGAGCAACGUUUGAGGAGUCCAAAGUGUGCGAGAUGCCGGAACCACGGUGUUAUUUCCGGUCUGAAGGGCCACAAGAGGUCCUGCGCGUGGAAGGACUGCCGUUGUCCUUGUUGUUUGCUCGUGGUGGAAAGGCAACGGGUGAUGGCAGCGCAGGUCGCUCUCAGAAGACAGCAACAGGCGCAAGGGAAUUACUUUGGUAAUAAUCCAGCGACGGUUUGCCAUACGCCCGUAGACGGUUCCGCGUCACCGUAUUUAUUGAAAGCUGAUCAGAGCCCUGUUUGCCGACGAACGAAGAACUUUCAGCGUCAUCAGUUGCACUUCACGCAGACCAGCAUCAGCGUGACGCAGGGAUUUUAUGGGUUGAAGACGAUCCAUGGCUUACCUACAGCGUUUACCGCAGACGCUCCUUUAUUGAAUGGCUUAUCUCAUGACCAGCACGAGGCCGAAAAUUGCAAGAAACUGCAGUCAUUUCCGGCUACAUAUUCCGGGAUUCCGUGGUUCGAAAAUGUUCCAGAACCACGGAAGAUGAAGAAGAAUUUUAAUAACUUCACGUCCGCCGUGACGGACCUCGGCAACAUUUCGACGGCCACCAGUGGAUCUUGUUUGGAGAAGAAAUCGACCAUUUCGUUCAGCGUGGAAUCUAUCAUCGGAACAAAGUGA